AUGCCUCUCAUCCCGCGCGACUUUGGGCCGAUGACGGAGGAGCAGAUCGCGGCGCGCAUGCGCCCCAUCAAGGAGUUUGCGCUCGGCUGCAUCAUGUCCAUGAUCAUCAUUGAUACGUUCUUGUGCGCCGUCUUCCUCAUGCAGUCGCACCGGUACUGGAUGGUGCACUCUUCUGACCGCUGGUGGAUCAAGAUGAUUGUGAUUGCCAUUACCUUCCUCGGCCUCUUCACAACUGCUGACACCCAGUUUGUGGCCGGGUUCGGCACGUACUCGCCCAUCGGCGGCCCGCCGACGUAUCUAGCUGACCCCAGCGAUCCUCAUGUGGUGCGUGUCGAGCAUGCUCGCCGACCUCAUCAUCACGACUGCGAUUCUUUACGGCCUCAUCACGAGCCCGCAAAGCUGACAUCAGAUCAUCACGCGCCUCAUGCGCCUCACGCUCGAGAGUCAGCUGCCUCCCCUCAUCCUGGCCGUGACGUACAUGGCCGGGUACCUGAUCGCCCCGGGCAGUCUGUUCUGCAGCACGCUCAUGGCGAUCCAGAACAAGCUCUACACCGUGGGGCUGUUCUACUCGCUGAAUGCGCGCGACACAUUCGCAACCCGCAACGUCACCAUGGACUUUACGGGCAAUGUGAGCUGGCCCCGUCGUCGAAAGCUGACAAGCAGCACUACCCCGAGCAGCAGAGCAAGGCGGGCCCCGCGACCGUGCACGUCGACGUCGAGACGGAGACGUACGAGACGCGCGUCGAGCUGCCCCGCCCUGGCCUCAACCGCAUGCAAAGCGCGAUGGGCCGGCAGCAGCAUCACGCCCUCGAGAAGAUCGAACACUCGGACGAGGACGAGGGCGAGAGCGACACGGCCGUGCUCCGUUCCGACUGUGGGUCGAAUGUCAAGCUCACCCCGCCUACGCCCUCCGACGGCUCGCCGCCCAAUACGCCCGGCGCACUCGCCCCGCAUGGCUACCGCACUGCGCCUGCGCAGAGCGAGUACAACGAUGACAAGGGCGCAGGCGUCGCUUGA